GAUGGGCUCUCGAGCUUUGUCUACUGGCUGUCAGUGUCGAGGAGAAGCCGCACUGGGGUUGCGUUUCCUCCAGCUCGCCUCUUCCACCUUUGUCGACCACCCAGGGCCGUUCUUCCCCCGGCGGAGAGCGCUGCCACCGCGGCGGACGGAGGACUCGCGGGGCCGCCGCUGCUCUCCUUCAGGCAGGCGCGAGUCUCGUUGCUACAGCGACGGCAGUGGCAGAGGAGCGACGGCGUUCUGGGGAGGAGAGGAGAAAUAAGGCGGACGCUUGUUUGGACUUGAGCCGCUGUGGAAGAGACGGUCGUCUCCUUUUUCCUGCAGACGGCGGCACUGCCGAGGACCGAGAGACAGCCUUCUGCGACCAGCCUGAGCCUUUGUCUCAGAGGCGGCGGCAGCAGCAGCGAUGCCGGGGUACGACUAUAAGUUCCUGGAGAAACCCAAGAGACGCUUUCAGUGUCCGCUGUGCAGCAAGGCGAUGAGGGAGCCCGUCCAAGUUUCCACAUGUGGGCACAGGUUCUGUGACACGUGUCUACAAGAAUUCCUCAGUGAGGGGGUCUUCAAAUGUCCCGAGGAUCAGCUCCCACUGGACUACGCUAAGAUCUAUCCUGAUCCGGAGCUAGAGCAGCAGAUCCUGGCUCUGCCCAUCCGCUGCAUCCACAGUGAGGAGGGCUGCCGCUGGACCGGUCAGAUGAAGCAGCUGCAGGGUCAUUUCUCCACCUGCGCCUUCAACGUGAUCCCCUGCCCCAACCGCUGUGCCGUCAAGCUGACGCGCCGUGACCUGCCCGAGCACCUGCAGCACGACUGCCCCAAGCGCAAGGUCAAGUGUGAGUUCUGCGGCAGCGAGUUCACGGGGGAGGCCUUCGAGAAUCACCAGGGCAUCUGUCCUCAGGAGAGUGUGUACUGUGAGAACAAAUGCGGGGCGAGGAUGAUGAGGAGGCUCCUGGCCCAGCACACCAUGGCCGAGUGUCCGAAACGCACGCAGCCCUGCAAGUACUGCGGCAAAGAGUUCGUCUACGACACCAUCCAGAAUCAUCAGUACCACUGCCCUCGCUUCCCCGUUCAGUGCCCUAACCAGUGUGGGACCCCCAACAUCGCCCGAGAAGACUUAGCCACCCACGUGAAGGAAAGCUGCGGCAGUGCGUUGGUGCUGUGCCCUUUUAAGGACGCCGGCUGCAAACACAGAUGUCCAAAGCUGGCAAUUGGUCGUCACCUAGAAGAGACCACCAAAUCUCACCUGACAAUGAUGUGCAGCCUGGUGGGGCGUCAGCGGCAAGAGAUCAUGGAGCUGCGGCGGGAGAUGGAGGAGCUGUCGGUGAGCCACGACGGCGUGCUCAUAUGGAAGCUAAGCGACUACUCGCGCAAGCUGCAGGAAGCCAAGCUGCACAACAACCACGAGUUGUUCAGCCCACCCUUCUACACGCACCGCUACGGCUACAAGCUGCAGGUAUCCGCUUUCCUCAACGGCAACGGCAGUGGCGAGGGCUCACACCUGUCCAUCUACAUCCGAGUGCUGCCCGGCGAGUACGACAACCUGCUGGAGUGGCCCUUCGCCUACAAGGUGACCUUCUCCAUCCUGGACCAGAGCGACCCAUCACUGUCCAAGCCGCAGCACAUCACCGAGACGUUCAACCCUGACCCCAACUGGAAGAACUUCCAGAAGCCCAGCAGCAGCCGCAACUCGCUGGACGAGAGCACGCUGGGCUUCGGUUACCCCAAAUUCAUCUCGCACGAGGAGAUCCGCACGAGGAACUACAUCCGCGACAACGCCAUCUUCCUCAAGGCUUCCAUAGAGAUCCCUCAGAAGAUCAUGGCCUGAAGAGACAGCAGAAAGCACUGUUGGAAGGUUAUGCAGUUGACUUCAUGGGAAGACUCUUCUCAUUUCUUACAUGAUGCUUGUUUUCCAUUCCGAAAAUUCAAGCAAAGGACUCGGAGGUUGCCGGUCAGGUGGAGGUGGAAACGUCAACACGUCGAAACGUCAACGCGUAGGAAAGCGUUCUGGUCCGUGAAACCAUUGCACGCGCUCAUUUCAGAUUCAUGUUUUCACAACUUUCUCAGUUUGCAGCAAAAGCCUUUGGACAUUCAAUAGUGCCUAGAAAGUUUUAUUUAAAUUUAAAGUCGUUCUUAAAUAAAUGUGAUUUAUGAUAACUCUGUGACACUAACUAAACAGAAGUGUUUAAAGGGGGUGCGGAAGGUUACCCAAAGCCUUUGCACGUUGAGAAUGUUUGAACUGUGUUAGGAAACAAGGCAACAGCACUCUAGAUACACCCUGGCAGACAAAACUUGUGUGGUCUGUCCUAGGAAUUCAGCGUACACACUCAAACCCAUUUGCCUUUUGUUUACACGCACUCUCCGCCGGCAAUGGCCCUCGAGCAGAAACUCAGCGACGGGGUCAGUGGGAUCCAGUUUUCCUAUUUAACUAGUUUUAAGUAAACUAAUAGCAGCUGUGAAGUAAAGACGUCUCACUCAGUCACCUUCUGUCACCCAAGGCCCUUUCAGUCUCGGCUUUUAGUUUAAUAGGGCGUCAAAGAACGCGACGCUCACUUACGCUGGUUUUCACAACACCUUGUCAAAAGCUCGGGAGAGAUCUCUUGGUUGCAUUCUUGAGCAGGACGGGCCAGUGUGCUAAUGUGUUGUCUCAGGCUCCUCAGAACGGUGGAGACCAGCGCUCAGUGCGCUGCAAGUCAACUCCUGCACUCAAGCGUGAAGAGAAAGAUGUGAUGUAAGAACUUGUUUACAGGCACUCAGUAGGUGCUGGUGUGGAAAUUGUUGGGGAUGUCCCGACCAAGGAAUGUUUUAAUCAACUGAUAUCCUGAUCCUUGCAUAAGACCAUUUCACCCCAUCGUGCUAUAUUUGUAGACUGUUGUAGAGGUGGCACUAUGAGUGCGUUUACAUGCGCUCAGCAGUCCGAUCAUCAUCUGAUUUCUGCAGUCAUCUGAUUAUUCAGAUGGUCAUGUAAACAGCAUACUCCGACAUCUUAGAUCAGAGUAAGGUCUGGAAUACGAUUAGGAAAUCUGGUAAAGAGCUGGAUUUUAGCUCAGUAAUCAGAUGUACAUUUCUCAGUCUGUGAGAAUGUGGGAAACAGACCAUGAUACCAGAACUAAGCAAGCAGCAAUGCAACAAAACCCUUACUGAGUUACUGAGUUGCUGGGCGAAGCUGAAACCAACUACAUGCUUCCAUGCUAUCCAAUGAAAAACAUCUAUGUCCAUUUUUUUGGUGAGUUUUACUUUUCCGCACCGUUUGUCCUUUACGUUGUCUGAAAAAUUCAUGAUUGGACCAAUAGAAAUGGCUAAUAGGCUAAGAAUGAAAACUAUACAUGAUCUUACGCUGAAGGUAAAGAACGUUUUUGCCCUCUCCUGUAAAGUUAUUGUUUUGGAGAUACUUGUUUUUCAUUGGACAGCGAUAAUAUUGUUCAUCUUCUGGAUGAUGCAUGUUCAUAGUUUCAGGUAAAGUCUCGCAAUGUUUAAAAAAAAAAAGCCACGGCAUGAAGUUUGAGUUCUUCUGUUCUUCUGAGUUUAUUGGCUCAUUGGAAAGCAGAAAUCCAAUUACUGCCUGACUCUUAUAGACCCGGCGUUUCCCCAUUAUCUGAGUACUCGAUCUGAACACACUCACUGGAUUCCUGACCAAACCUUCUGAUGUCUUCGGAUUAUUAAGUGCAUAUAAAUGCCCUCAGUUUGUGGCAACAUAUCGUGUUUUCAAACUCUAACCGUUCAUCUGCAUCUAUUCUAAAAUAGAACGUGAAAAUAGUCCAAAAGCCGUUUGUAAUAUUGGCAAUACUUAGCGAUACUAGAUACAUGUUCUAAGCCAAGAUAAUGAUGCCACAAAGUGGUUGUUUUAAAGACGUAGUCAAAAAGAUUUACACUGUCAGUUCAGAGUGUUAUACUAUGCAAAUGCUAUCGAUGAACUGAUUUUACUGCAGCAUUUCCAAGUGACUAGCAGCCCAGCAUGUCUGGUCUAAAACGCAUUGGUUCCGACUUAUGAUAACAGACGUCUGCUGGAAGUGUGCAGGCUGUGGCUCUGUUAGAUACAAGAAUACAACAGGAUUCUGUGUCAGAUACUAAUAUAAAAUGACUCAGGUUGGAAUUGCAGUGGAGAAACUUGAUCGAGACAUCCCUAAUAACUGUUCCUAACACCAGGCACCUGGUUUGUAUACUCACGAACAUAGACCACAAGUUUGUACUGUAAUCUGUUCUCUUGAAACCUCCUGUCCACUGAGGGCAUUUUAGUAAACAUCCCAUGGAACCAAGAUUCUCUUGCAUGGGAACGAAGCUGAAGUGGGUGCAGAUGUGUCCUAAUCUGCAGGUGUCAACGAAUGGGACCUCCAGACUUUUUAGUCCGUAUUCUCUUCGUCUUACUCUGCCGGUCACUCUCAGCUGAGGGCGAGGACGGGGCGUGUUGGUGCCUCAGGUGGAAGAGCGUUUCGUGGCUGUGUCUGAGGAGAAUUCUUCCACGUACCUGAGGAAGACGAGCUUUGUGCAAUACGGCUGUCUAUUCUCCCGACGGACCGGCGGAGGACUUUGUGGACACGUGUGAUUACUAAUAGACGUGCGGAAGCACAUUCUCAUCAUCUUACUUUUAAUGAAAAGUCCUGAUUUAAUCGCGCUAUAAUACCAGCUAAUAUUUUCUCAAUAACUUUAAGAAAAUGUGUGAUUUUCUUUUUCAAGAUUCUGUAUUUUACAAAUGUUCUUCAGAAUGUUUUAUACAACACUUUUUUCGGGGUGACAAGUGGGGAGCUGAGGAGCUGUCCUUGGACUUUUUUGGACAUUUUCUCGUUUCAGUCCCUCUGGAGUUUGCUCCGUUGUUUCGUUGGUCUGGUUUGGAUUUUUUGCAUAUUCUGUCUGUACUAUAUGCUCUUGAGAAGUAUUUAUUUUAAGCCAUCGCAUAGGCUCGACACACACGAUGGUGCAAAUGUUUUUAUAUGUUGAUUGAUGAUCGCUUGUCAUUUUGCCCCUUGAAAUAAAAUGUCCAUAGUAGUCGU